AUGUCUGGCUUUGACGAUCAUGAUGUGAAAAUUCGUCCUCCAAAUUCAACAAUAAUAUCUUCUGUUCAAUAUUUUCAUAUAGAAUUCAUAACAAUUGAUUUAUUGAGUCUUCUUGCUGUUGCACCAAUGCUUCAUACACUUAAUGGUAGUUUUGAAACUCCAGAUUUGAAAUUAGGUAUACCUCAUCCUCAUCUAUUGUAUUUGGAACGAUUACGGAUCGAACUGUGGGCUAUUAGUUGGACAGAGAUGACAACUUUAUUUUCUUCAUUUCCACGACUUGCCUAUUUGACAGUCAUUGCUGAUAAUGUUGAUAUUGAUAUGGCUAAUGGUUUCGCUUGGGCACAAUUGUUGAAAUACGUAAAACAUUUCGAAUUUAAAUUUCAAUUCUACUAUGAUGCUUUUGAACAACAAUCACUUAAUCUUGACUCAUUUCGCACGAAAUUUUGGCUUGAAGAGAAAAAAUGGUUUGUUACAUUUGAUCGAAGCUCGAACACUAACGAUUCUUCAAUACUCUAUUCGAAUUCUUCUUCUAUUAUCAUUUAUCCACCACAUGAAAUUUUUGGAACACUAAUAUCAGAAACAACCGCAUCAGAACCAACAUUAUUUUCUCAUGUUCAUUGCUUAAUAAUUAAUGAUCAAUAUUUGAAAUAUCCGCUCUUAUAUCGUUAUACUCAUAUCAAAGAAUUGUAUUUGUCACAAGUUACUACUAUGUUAUCUACAACGCUCAAGGAUCCCGCAAUCGGUCUUGAUACGUCGCGAAUUCUGACAUGUAAUAUUGGUCCUGAGUGGAGUAGAAAUCCAUCGUACGAACACAUCGAAUUUUUACAUAGUUUGCCUUGUUUGCGUCGGUUGAAAGUCUCUGGUAUUAAUCUCAAACGUCUUUUUCUUCAUCAAUGGCCUCAUAUUGUUGAUUUGAAGAUUGAAUAUGACUUUCAGAGUAGACUUCAUGUAUUAUAUUCAAAUGAUAUCGAUGCACUUUGUCAUUCGUUUACUCAUAUCAAACGACUCGAUAUUCAUUCAUCAUUUAUUACUGAUCUACCACUACUUUUAAAUAGAAUGAAGAAAAUAUUAACAACUAUAGUCAUCAGACAACCACGCAAGAUCAAUGAUGAACAAUUGAUAACAUGUGAAUGGAUCGAACAAAAUACAGAACUAAAAAAAUUUUACUAUACAUGUGACUUUUGGAAUUCUGUUAGAUUAUGGCUUUGA